CUUUUUACCAUUGACGCAUUAAUUUGGCUGUGUGAAUGGAUCGCAUUAUUUUCGUUGCACCAACGAUUUUAAGCGGCUUGCGACGGCAUUUUUAUCGUUCCACCAUCUGGUAACACUGCCCAGGCCGAAAAGGAAUGGAUUUUCGAAAUCUAGAUAAAUUAAAUUGGCGUUUGCAUCUCAGUAACAAUAACAAUAUCGUUAAUUACAGUGCGACGCGGUCCCGCAGUUCUGAUGCGGCUGACGAGCAACUCCCGGAGCUUUUACUCAGCCAAGUCAAUUGUGGGACCGGUGUAAAGACAAUGGGCACAAACCAAAAACGAGCAGCAACAACAUCAGCGCAGGCCGUAGCAGUGGACGAGCUGGUCGACGGAACCGGGGGAGAUGGCGAGGCUAAGACAGGAGAGUGCGGUGCAGCGACCAUGGCCGCAGAGGGUGGUGAUAAGCAGGAGGAAAGUGCUGCCUACUGCGAACUGGACGUGGCAAGCUAUGGACUUACAGCAGCAGAACUCUCAUCCUUUGAAGCCGCCGCUUGUGGCUAUAACUCCAGCCGCACCUCCAUAAACAAUUCGACGGAAAAUCUAAGCUAUGCUAGUGAAAAUUUUUAUGGUGACGAUCUAAUUUUGCUGGACGACGACAACGAGAACGCAGAGGAGAUAUCUAUCAACUCUGACGACUGUGUCUACGCUUACUGUGGUGAAGGGGCUGAUCUGGACAUGAAGAUAAUCGCCACGGGCAGCUUAGGUAGGCAGCACUUGGACAUCGGCCGAGGACCAGUACAUGCUGUAGGAAGCGAUAGCGUCAUUUGCGUCGAAGAUGAGACCGAGUUCCUGGAAAUGGACUUCGAGCCAGACCCCUCAUCAGAGUUGGAUCUUGUUGGCGGGCCCCACCAUAUGGGCAUCCUGCCGCAGGCCAAUUUGUUGUUAAUGCAACGCGACUAUAGCCAAAUGACCAACGUAGGCGGAGCUACUUCCUCGCAGGAAGGGCAGCUGCACAGCUCGCCCAUAGAUGAUUUUCCGCAAGAAGAUCUAAUGCAGCAUCAAAAGCAGCGCCUUAGUAAGAAGUUCGCCCGCAUCAACUUGAAUUUAGAUAAAAUCAAAGACGUAGGUGUUAGUGAAGCUGGCGUGGACAUAGAUUUAAAUGAGCUAAUAAUUGUUGGCGCGGAAAAGCAGGUUAAAUCCUCCGGAAGCUUUCGGUCUCAGGCUCAUUCGUUGCCUAACCCAUUGCGCACAGGCUCAAAUUUUUCGCGCAGCACUAGUGUCCCCAGCGAAAAUCCAGAGCCUAAGCUGACUGGUGCUAAGCCAAAGCGUUUUUUGCACACCUCGUCUGUGAUGAAUAAAAGCUCCUCAUACAAGUCGCGGCGCUCUCGCCCUUCGACUAGCUUUGACGAACGUUGCUAUAGCUGCACUGAUUUCCGUGCAACAUCAUGCCAGCAGCAACUGUCAGGGUCGGGGACAAAGCACGAUCAAGUUGCUCCUGCGACUAUUGUGACAUUGACCACGUCUUCUUCGUGCACGGACCAAUUUGACUUGGGAAUCAAAGAGGAAAACUGCUUAGACUGUCUAGAAAAGGAGUUCUUGGCCAACACCAUCGGCAAAGCCCCAGACCCGGGCACAUGUCCUAAAUGCCGUAGAUCAGCUGGCAGUCGGGGCAGUAGCAUUUCGCUUUACGCGCGGUCGGACCAGGUGCGCUGUCGAAGCGGGUCCCCAGUAUACUUCGAUGGGGUUCCGUUCGCCAACAGGUACAACUUAUUAAUAACCGGAAUGGUUUCUGGUUCCAAUUUGUACCCAACCCGCAACCAAAGUUUUAUUUCGUGUGAUAAUAGUUUCAACGGUCUACAGCUUCUCAAUCAAGGCUAUCUGACUGAGCCACUGGUGGCAAGUCUGUCUACAGGAAAGACGUGCAACGAGGAGCACCUAGUGCAAGCCCUUGAUAAACUGCGCGUGCCCUAUGACAGGGAGCUGCUUCAUGGCUAUUUCAAGCAACUGGACAAGCGGCGACGGACAGAAAGCAGUGUCAAUCUUAAGCAGCUACUGAUACAGGCCUCAAAGCAGCAGGGAAACCAUCCCAAACUUAAACGGCUGAUCGAGAUGGCGACCCAUCAACAGCUCAUUGUCCAAUUUAAACGGAAUGCCGAAGGCAGAACUGAAUUAGUGCCUAUAAAUGUGAGGGACAUACUUAAUGCCUGGGCACGUUGUCGAGAUCUUUCCCUCCUUCAGCAACUAGAUGGUCGCUUUCAUUGCGCAAACGUGAUGGGAAAGGUUGGUCACAUCGUGCGUCAGGCAACAGUACCAGCAUCCACACAAGCACAGGCCGCGUCAACAACCUCUUUUUGUAAACGCACCCUGCCUGAAUAUUUAAUGGUCCCGCAGUAUUACAUGAGUGGGGUGCUGACCCUAACCCGCAAAUGUUAAGACGUACUUGCACAACCACUUAAUUAUUUUCACACAAAACCGGAUACACAUCAUCUCUCUAAAAGUGCUUAGACCAGUUAUAUUGUUUAACUUUUGAGAUAAGUCAUCUUCCAUAUAAAAUAAGGUGAACGCACGGCCGUGACCCACCGUUUAUGUCGGGUUACCACCAGUCUCUCCGCUCUAAAAAAAAAUAGAAAUAAAGAAACUCAAAAAAUCUCAAAAAUGUUAACCAUGUUCGCCAUAAUAUACAUGUAUCAAUACAAAUAUAUCUGCCUCGCCUACCAACGCCUUACCCUAUAAUGUAUAUGUUUAGAAGCAUUGGAUAGAAGUCUUUGUAUACGAGCCCUGACCACUAUUAAUUCGCACGCCUGGUGUUUUUACGCAUAUGCAAUGUUUAGCACACAAUAUAUGUGAAGAUAAUGCAGAUAACACAUACAAACAUAUAAUUUUCUGAAAGGUAAUUUUAUUCUCUGUUUGAUAGAAAAAAACGUACAACAACAACAGCAAUUAUUUAAAUAUGGGACUCUAUUUCAACAGAGCAGUGCCAAUACCUGCUUAAUUCAAUGCAAAUUAAUUGUAAAUGUGUUUCAGGGGCUAAGGGUGAUGUUACCAAGUAUUAAUAUUAAUUAUAUAUAUUAUAUUAAGCCAAAUAGACUGUAAAGUUUAUAGCGUACGAAAUAAUAGUGGUCAAGCGUUUGUAAACAAUAAUAAGAAUAGUGUAUGUAAAUAAAUCCUGUUGUUGUUGUACGUUAAAAAACUACAAACUUUUUGUUCUAUCAAAUAGAGAAUAAAAUUAUCUUUCAGAAAAAUAUAUGUUUGUAUGUGUUAUCUGCAUUAUCUUCACAUAUAUUGUGUGCUAAACAUUGCAUAUGCGUAAAAACACCAGCCGUGCGAAUUAAUAGUGGUCAGGGCUCGUAGUUCUCUACUCUAAUGUAUGUAUAUAUUUAUACUCUUUUGGAUAUAUGUAUUAAGUGAAAUAAAAAAAAAUUGCUCAUUUA